AUGCGUUUACAAUCAUUUGUGAAUUAUAACUCCUCGUUGGCAUCGUCAUUUGUUCUCAAUAUCGCACUUACUGGUGAACAAACAAGUGAAUAUGAGUCGAAAAUUUCCUCUCGCUUAAGUAAAAUCAAUUUAAAUUUCGAUAUUGUUCAAUAUCGUGCUGAAUCCUAUAUGAUUGGAUUAGAUUUUCUACUUCAUAAACAAAAAUCUAUAGCCAACGAAAACGAAUUGAUCGAAAUAAUCAAUUCCAAUGAGAACACUCAUGAUGACAAACAUCAACUUUAUCCUUAUAUACUGGUUCAUGCCGAAGCUGCUAGUACUUUUUUCUAUAUUGUUCAUUCAUCGAAUCAUUACUCAGUAGUCACAUCGAAUAAUCUAUGUUAUAAAACUUAUUCCAACUUAACGAAACUUCUUCAGCCUGGUUUUGACACGACAACUGACGAAGAAAUUCCAUCCACAUCAUCUUCUAAAAGUACUUAUCUAACAUCACCAUAUUCAUAUCGACGAGCAUCUCCUCCACCGUCAUUUGACGUUACUUGCAAAGAUUUAUGUAAAAAUUGUUCACGUUCAUCUUCCAUUCAUUUACCUCAAAUUCCGAUUACAAGUUUCACUCGUGUAUCACAGCGAUACUUUCCAGAUGAUUAUACACAUUCGGACAAGCCACAUUAUAUCUAUCGUGGUUGGUCCAAUCGACGAAAUGCUUCUUACGAUAAGGAAAUUUGUACAUUCGAUGUUCAUACCCAAACAGAUGAUAGUUUCCUUCAAUCGUCAUCUGCGCCAACACGUUUCGCCAUGCGUCGUUCAUUACUGUCGAUGUUUACAAUGAACAUCGCAUUAACGAUCAAAUUAAUUACGAAACUUUAUCCAUCUGUAAAACGUUGUAUGUUAACAGGAGAAUUUUUUCAAUUAGAAAAGCAAGCUGCUCAAGAUUUAUCCUUAUUUUUACAAUCAAUUCUAGGACAAACCGUUCUACAUGUUUGUCAAUUGAAACGCGAACCGCUUGUCGCAGCACUAGGCUGCGCACUUCCUCGGGUUUAUUUCGAUGUUAUUGAUGACGAAGGAGUUCUAGGCAAUGAUUGUAUCAGUUGA